AUGUUGAGGCGAAAGUCUAAGGACACCAACUUAAACCCCCAGAUCGACGCCGAACUUCAAGCGUCUCGCGCUUACCAAGAUCAAAAUGGUGGUGAAACAGGCUCUAGCCACUCCAAUAACCAUCGUAUGUCGCUGACGUCGAUCUUCAGCUUGCGAAAGAACAAAGAAAAGCCCGCUCUGGGCAAUGAAAGUACGUCUGAUUUGUCGCUGGAUUCCGCCAGUGUAAUGAGUGGUGGAACCUCCACCUCCAAUGGCACCGGAUCUCGCCUAAAUCCACUCUCACGCUCCCAUACCGGCCGCUCUGCCGUUAGUAUCACCCCCAGCAUGGCUCCAAGUAAUGGUCCUCAUAAUCGACAGCCCUCUUCCUACAGCAUAUCCACCGUUUCCAAUCCCUACGAUAUGAAGACGUCGGCACGAAAUGGGGCACUUUCACGCAAAUCCACCACAUCCUCGAUCAUAUCAAAGCCAUCUAUCUCAUUAACGAAUGCUCACGAGACCACCAACGCUGGCGGAUUCACCCUAGAACGUCCCUCACUGGUAUACGAGAUCGACCGAAUGUUUCGAGAACUCAUGGAAAAACGAGAUUUCAAGUCUCUUCCACCGCAGGCCAAACAGGAGAUGCUUCAUUAUAAUCCGGAUAAGAAAUGGAUGCUCAUAUACCAAGAUGCAUUGACCGAAUACAAGCGGCAUGAACGAGUUGUGUUGAACAAAGAGGAGAAUGCAACUCCGGAAUUCUACACGAAAAAGCUACUUGCCAAGACCAUAACUGCCGAUCAGCUCAAAAACUUGUGGGUUUCAUUAAGAACAGAGCCUAUAGACUGGGUGAGAAACUUCAUAUACGAUUGUCAGGGUGAUGCUAUCUUAUCAGCAUAUCUCUUAAAAGUACAAGAAUCGAUCAAUCUGCAUGAGCUUAAUGAUAUUAAUGACGAGUUGUUUGACAAAGAAUUCAAUACGCUCAAGGCUCUCAAAUGCAUGAUGAACCAGAAACUCGGAGCCGAGCGUGUGCGCACAGAUGUGAACCUCUACGUCAAUGCUGUAGCGGGUCUGUUACUUUCACCUCGCAUAUUGACACGAAAGAUCGCUGCCGAAUCGCUCACUUUCAUGAUUGCCUACUACUCACGGAGUGAAGGCGGUUCUGACAACCAAGGAAAGUAUCACAAGAUCUUGAAAGCAUUGGAUUCUAUCUCCAAUAAGCCACAUUUUGAGUUUGACACAAACGUUUCUGGAUCUCCUGUUCGCAAGCAAUUGGUAAGGAAACCCCCAGCUCCUGACACUUACAAAAGGUUUGAACUCUGGCUUCGUUUAGUCGAGAAGACAAUCGAUGGUAAAGGCAAGUAUCUAAACUCCCUCGUGGGUGCCAGCGAAGAAAUUAAAUCGAAUGCUGGCCAUGGAAAUAAUUUGGAAAACAACCUUCUCGAAUACUGUCUAGGUACAAUGCUUUUGAUCAACACGAUCGUGGAUUAUGGGUUUGACUAUAGAGUACGAAUUCACUUACGAGCCCAAUUCGGUGCAGCAGGAAUCGAAAGACUCAUGUCGAAGUUUCAAGACAUGGGGUAUGAUAGCUUGAAUCAGCAGUGUAUGCGUUACAUCGAGUCCAGUGAAAAUGACACCAUGGAAUUCAAGAACACCGAGAAUUUGGAUAUGAACAUUGAUUUCAAUGAUCCUGUGGACCUUGUCAAAUCUGUAUGGGACAGAGUCAAGGAUAGUGAGGCUCAAGGCUUCUUUCUUAGUGCCAUGCAGCAUAUUUACUUGAAUCAAGCGGAGAGAAAAGAAAGUCCAGAAGACAUGAUACGCAGUCUCCGGUUACUCGAUGGAUUGAUUCAGAAUGUGACUAUGGUGCACACCACUAAUGAUGACUCUGCUAUGGGAAUUGCUAUCAAUCGGCUCUUUGCCGGUAUGAGUACGGAUGAUAUGUACCGCAGAGCUUUACAAGAAGUGAAGAGCUACAAACGGCUUGCCGAAGAAGCCACCGCAGAAAGAGACGAGAUUUCUCGGCAACUUUCAAUGGGUGCAGAUGGCUUAAUUUCUAGUUUGACGAAUGAAGUCAAAGAACAGGAAACUGUUUUGACGAGAACUAGGAGAUUGAACGAGGAACUCAAUGAGGAGCUUGAAGAACUUAAGCGGAAACACUUGAUAGAAAAGCAGCAGCAGGAGCUUGAAAUGAGGGAGCUCUUGAUUGCACUCAACAAUUCUCAGAUUCAAUCUAAACGUUCAGGAGGGAAAACUACCGUUCUGAUCCAGACAUCGAAUGAGGAGUUGAUCAAGAAGCUACAGAAGCAAGUUCACAAGCGAAAGAAUGAAUACAAGAUGGAAAACCGCCAGCUUGGAACCCAGGUUGAGCCCAGUUCUCGUCUACGUGCUUUGAGGGAUCAAAUGGGUGAUAUCGAAAAUAUGGCGAGGGAGCUUGAAAUGACAGACUUUGAGACUUAUGUUGACCAGGAAGCUUCUCAAACAUCGACCACUGAGCCUGAGCCUAAACCUGAACCUCAAACACAGGAAGAAACGACACCCGAGCCAGAGCCAGUUGCAGAAAUAAUGGAACCAAUUCCAAUGAGCCCUGCUCGACCUGCUCGCGAAGAUGACUUGGGCAAGCUAGACUCAUUGCGCAGAAAAUUAGCCUCUUUGCAAAGUGAGUCGAAUGAUAUUAUGAAAUUCAACAAUUCCAAACUCUUUAACAAGCAGAAGAUGCUCGCAAUGGAACGUCUUCGGGAGCUCGAAAAUAACUUCAAGGACUUCAAUAUCGAUUUCAGCAUGGAUGACCUGGAAGGCUUUGAUUUUGAUUCGAUGCCAGACUAUGUUGAUCCCAAUAUCAAGGAUAAAAUUCGAGAGGAGUUGGAAGAAGUGGAGGCCCUCAGAGCCCAACUCAAAAACAGAUUGGCUGAAAUUAACUCUAAGGGUUCUACUGCAACUUCCAAUGAUUCAAUUGAAAGAAUCGAAGAUCGUUAUUCCAGAGGCAAAGUUGUGCAAGGCAACGCAGAUGCUCAAUCGAGCAGUAGACUGAUGCCGCUGCCUGCUAUCAAAAACUUACGGGACUCUAUGGCUCCGCAAUUUUUGAACGAUAUCAACAACAAAAUUGCAAAGGUUGCUCCUAUUGGAGAUAAGCCAGAUACCGAAGUCAAAGGAGGAAUACCCUCUUCAGAUCAAAGCGAGAAACCUUCAGAAAGUACCACCAACGGAACAAAAGGACUUCCUCCCGCUCCACCACCCCCACCACCUCCACCACCUUUACCACCACUGCUUGGAGGUACGGUACCGAAAGCUGCUGGUGGUCCACCACCGCCCCCUCCUCCCCCUCCUCCACCACCUCCUCCACCAUUCUUGGGAGGUUCCGCUUCUGCACCACCACCUCCUCCGCCACCUCCACCAUUGCCAGUUCCGUCUUCUAGAGCACACAAGAUGGAUAAGGAACCAACACCUAAAGCAGAUCCAUUUGCCGCAUUUCCACGUCCUAAGAAGAAGUUGAAGCAAUUGCACUGGGAGAAAUUUGAGAAUGAAACUGGAAACUCGUUCUGGAAAGAUUCACAGAGUAAUGCUUUGGCAUCCGAAUUAAUGAAGAAGGGUGUUUUCGACGAGAUCGAGCUGAUAUUUGCAGCCAAAGAGAUCAAGAAGCUUGCGACCAAAAAGAAGGAGGAUGUCGACAAAUUGACAUUCUUGGCAAGAGACGUCUCUCAGCAGUUUGGAAUCAACUUGCAUUCAUUCAACAGCUUGUCAGAAGAGGAGCUUGUAGCCAAAGUACUUCGUUGUGACAAAGACAUCACAAACAAUCCAGCCGUUUUGGAAUUUUUUGGCAAAGAUGAAAUCGUCGAAAUAUCGAAUAGUCUUGCAAGGAAUCUUGAGCCUUACUCAACAGAUUAUAAGAGUGAUGAAGUUUCGAAACCCGAGAAAGAUCCUAAUGAAUUACAGCGUCCAGACAGGAUAUAUCUCGAGUUGAUUUACAACUUGCAACACUAUUGGAAGUCAAGAAAUAGAGCGCUUCAAAUGGCUGCUUCUUACGAAAAGGAUUAUGAAGACUUAACAUCGAAGUUGCGUGCAAUUGACGAAGCAGUCGAUGUUCUCAAGAAUUCCGAAAAGUUGAAAAAGGUGUUCGAGAUCAUUUUAACAGUUGGUAACUACAUGAAUGACAGUACCAAGCAAGCGCAAGGAUUUAAGCUAAGCUCUUUGCAAAGACUCAGUUUCAUCAAGGAUGACAAGAACAGCAUGUCAUUUCUCCAUUAUGUGGAGAAGAUUGUGCGAACGCAGUAUCCAGAGUUAUUGGGUUUCGUGGAAGAGUUGAACAAAUGCGUUCAAAUUUCAAAAUACUCUAUUGAGUCGAUUUCUACAGAGUGCAAGGAUUAUGCCCAAUCGAUCAAGAACGUACAAAGUUCGCUUGACAUUGGUAACUUGAGCGAUGUAUCAAAGUUCCAUCCACACGACCGCAUAUUGAAAGUCAUCCUUCCAACUAUGCCAAAGGCAAAGCGUAAGGCGGAGCUUCUACUCGAUCAAUCUAAAUGCACGUUUGGUGAGUUUGAUCGCUUAAUGAGAUAUUUCGGUGAAGAUCCUUCGGACACAUUUGUCAGAAAUUCAUUUAUUACCAAGUUUUCCAACUUUACCACCGACUUUAAGCGUGCAAAUCGUGAAAACAUCAAGCGAGAAGAGGAAUUGAGACUUUAUGAACAACGAAAGAAUUUGGUAGAUACUCCUCGGAAAACGAGUUCUUCUGAUAAGCUACGAGAAUCUGCAAAAGAGGAAGGUGAAGAAUCGAAUGUCAUGGAUUCACUUUUGGAGAAGUUGAAAGCGGCCGGACCAGCGAGAAGCGAGCCUACCUCGGCUAGAAAGAGAGCAAUGAUGAGGAGACGGCUCCUUGAGAAUAACCAUAGUGGUAGCACUCUCACAGAAAGUGACUUGGAUCAUCAAGAAACGGCGACAGAAGCACUGUCACCGCUGAAGGGAACUGAGGACAAAGACUUGAGGGAUGCCGAGGAAGAGUCAACAGAUGUCGGAUCGCGGGCACGCAGUUUGCUUCAAGAGCUCAGAAAAGCGAACACAGGUGACGCCAGUGACGAUUUUGGCCGAUCUUCUUUACGUAAACUGAGAAUUGAGAGACGUCAAACGCAACCGCAAACGAAGGACGAAGAAGCAAAUGAUAACGUUGAAUAA